GAGAGAGAGAGAAAGGGAUAUGUCACGAAUUUGGUGUUUACUAAUAGAAAAGACAAUUCUUUGAGAUGGCAGUGAAUAAUAUUGCAAAAUAAAAAUCUAUAUAAUAUAGACUUCAAGGAAAUUGUAAUAUAUAUACACACAUACACACACACACACAUGCACAGAUUAUAUAAAAUACUGUUUGCAAAGUAUAAAGCGCUUCACAAAAAUGUGUGAGGUUAUGGUGCUGUUUGACGGCUACUCCAAACGAUUGAAUGAGACGACGAUGGAUGCAAAUUGUUCUUGUACGCUGAUAAAAGGUCCCAAAUUGAUCAUAGUCGACACAAUGACAGCUUGGGACCGUGAAAAAUUGUUGAAUGCACUUGCACAGCACAAUGUUAGCCCAACAGAUGUUGAUUAUGUUGUUUGCACUCAUGGUCACUCUGACCAUAUAGGGAACAACAAUCUAUUUACAAACGCAGAACAUAUCGUAGGAUUCACUGUUCAUCAUGGUACCAUGUUUUUUGAGAAGAAUAUUAUAGCUGAGGAUUAUGAGCUUUGUCCAGGUGUUAAAGUUAUAGCUACUCCAGGGCACACUGCGGAAGAUGUUACCGUAAUAGUAGAAACAAUAAGAAAUGGCGAGAAGACAUGCUUUGCUAUUACAGGAGAUUUAUUUGAGAAGGAAGAAGAUAUUUUGUCACCACACAUCUGGAGAUCUGUGGGUGCACCGGAAUUAUUAGAAAGUCAGUAUAUGAUGAGGCAAUAUGUAAUAAAUCUUGCAGAUUUUAUUAUACCUGGGCAUGGCCCGAUGUUUCGUGUAACCGACGAUAUAAGAAAGAUUAUAAAUAGCCAGCAACCGUCUCAAUAACUGUAAAGUCAGUUUCAAUAUAAAGCUGAUAUUAUUUUCAUUA